AUGGCAACGCCAGAACACCCCUUGGACCACUACACCGACAUCACUACUUCCGCCGACGAUCUGAUCUCACAAGGAUGGCACGAAUUGCAAGGCGCCACCCUCGUGCAGGUCAGCGGCACCUACACAGCAGAUGAGAUUGUCGAGGGGAUCAAUGCGCUAGGUGGGAUGAUAGUCGACAAGAAGAAAGUGCACUCGAGAAUGAACCGCGCCUUGAACAUCGUGUCGGGGGACAACGAGGUAUCGCGCGCUGAGGUGCAAGCGGCGCUCGACAGGAUGAGGAUCGAGACUGGAUGUCAGGAGAGGAUGAACGGAAUCAAGGGAACCUCGAAGAAGAAGCCAAUCACUAGGGAGAGAAGCGUGGGCAGUGCGGCGGCAUCGGAGGCUGGUCUAUCAUCAACAGUCAAUGAGGCAGACAGCAACGGGACGAGUGCUGUGCGCGACACCGCGACUCGGAAAGCCACUGCAAAGGCGCGAGUUGAUACUCCAAUGUUGGGCAUAUCAGGUGGAAAGAGCAAGCGCCGGGAGUCGUCUGAUACCGCAACUCCAAGAUCGACCACAACGAAGGCGAGGCGCGGUAGCCAGGGCGAGCGAGUUGCGGGCGCAUCGAAGGACACGGCAAAGACUCGGGUCGACACAGCACUGCAGGAUCCGACAGCCAUCAACGAGAAUUGGCAGAAGACGACCGACACUACCUCUCGAAGAUCAUUCCCGAUCGGGGCGCUACUAUACAACAUGGGCCAAGGUAUGGCGGCGAUGUCGAACGAUGGUGCGAAGGCUUUCUCUGAUUCACCGAUGCUGGACCAGACUGUGCCACGCCCCAGGGCACGAGACGCAGUCUAUGCAGUUUCCUUCCGCUCAACUGCACUUAGUCAGACCGAAGCUGCGGCAGAUGAUGCAGCUCUACGGCGGCGCGUUGGCGAGGGCUUGGGUCGUGAGCCGGAGAGCAUCGAGUUGGAGGUGGGCUUGAGUGUUGAGGAUGCGGCGAAACUUCUGAUACGUCUGUAUCGCGACGAUAGCAUCCUGAGACGGUAG